AUGGAAGAUGUUCAAGAAAUCGAUGGUUGCUUUUAUGUCAUGCAAUUCCAACGACACUCUUCAGCAAAAAUGAAAGCGUUCAAGAUUAGCACAGGUGGCCAGUUUCUCGUAAAAGGUGUCAUGGAUGAACCAGAAAAUGCGCAAAUUUAUGUUGGAGAUUAUGGAAUUCUGCCUUUGUCUAUGGCAGACGUGAAGCGAGCUCUUCCAAAUAUCGAAAUAAAAGUUUGGGUUAAACUACACGAGGACUUUAAGAAUAUGUGCUUAACGGCAAGUUUUGCGGAGUUUGAAGGCGUUGAUGAGGAAGAUCAGUACAUGGUAGCAAGUGCGCCUUGGAAUAGCGGAAAAGACAAAUAUGCUUUGCAUGUCUAUUCGGAUAGUGACGAUGAAGGCCCAACGGUUUUACGGACAGCGAAAGAAGACGAUAAUAAGAGAUUUCCUUAUAUGAAACGCUUGGAUGUUCACUGCAUUUAUACGUCACAUCUCAAUUUAUACUCGGAGUGCUUCAAGACUGAUCGAAUCGUGUUUCCGUUUCUCAAAAAAGAUCCACUAGAAAUUCCAGCUAUUGGAGAAACUUUGCUCUGUAACAUUGUAUGGCAUCAAUAUGAAACGUGUUUCGUGGUUUACGAAUGGCGCCGUGCAACAAGUGAAAGGCCAAUUCCUACAAAGAAGAUUGGGCUAUUUGAUGCAAUUGAAGUUGGCGUUAAGGAAAUGAACGAACACCCAGGAAUUUUCAAAAGCGAAAAAUUUGGCUUCAUGGACGAUCCGGAGAAAAAGCUUUCAAUGCAUCACCUGACACGUUACAACAAUUCAGUCUGUCGAGUUUAUGUCAAAGAUGAUGCGCCAACUAAAUUGGGACGUUUCCGCAUUGUAGACGUUGAAACGGACAAGUUCGAUAAAAUAAAGAAGUUUUUGGACAUGAAUAAAAUUGAAGUGAACAAUGAGAUUGGAGUGAUCGUUUCGACAGACGGAAAAAACGUUUUCUCGGCAAAGCAUGCAUCAAUAACUUUUCGUUUUGAUCAAGAAACUUGUGAAGACUGGCGAUACUUAUCACCUGGAACGAAAAUCAAAUUCACGGCUAACUACAAUGGAAAAUAUGGCGUGAUGGACAUCGUGAGCUUUGCAACCCAUUCUUCGCUGGUACCGGUCAAUGUUGUAGAACGGGGAAACUCGUUAUGGUUCAAUACAAAAUGCAUCUGGGAUCGUAAUUCUUUUCAAAAUAUUCUCAUCUCACAAGAUUUCGGUCCAAUUGAUGAUGCCAACGAACAGUUCCGGGAAAAGUUUCGUCCAAAUCGAGAAUACGGUAUUUGGGUUACACGAAGUAUGGCUGUCACGACUCCAUUUCCCAUUUCUCGAACGGUUUAUAAUGUUGUUUGGACGGGCGCAACUUUACCAAAUGAAUCUGAGUCUAUCGAAAAGCCCGUUGUGCCUGCCAAUGAUGGGACUAAACUAAACAAUCCUAUCAACCGAAGUCAACCUCGCUUCAGUGCACCAUUAUCUGAACCUACUCCAGCAAUCAUCACAGAUAGCUCGCUUGCAAAAGAAAAACCGCCAACUAGUUCGCGAUUUUCGGCUCCAUCAGAACAGGUGCAUGAGGCAGCAUCAGUUAUUUCAAAGACUGCAAAGCAUGAACCGCCACAAAAGAAAAUUGAUUCUAAUGCUAACAGCAAAAAAAAUGACAAACCUGAAAAGAAGGCUGAAAGCGAGAAACGACAAUCUGCUCCAUCCACAACCUCAAAUCGUACAACUACUUCAACGCCCUCGUUGUACUCGAAGUUUAUUGUCCAAAAUCGAGAGGCCUUGAGGAACUAUGGACUGCUUCCAAGUGAGACGGAUACAAUUGCACAACUGCUGGGAAGAGCGGCCGACAUUAUCGAAAAUCAACGUUGCUGUGGUGCAGCAGUUUGUCGAGACAACUGUUUGGUCCGGACAUACUUAUGUGAAUUGAUGAAGAUGCAUUACGCGAGUCCAGGCCUCCGCUACGAUCCGGCUUAUGAAAGGGCGGCCGUCAUUAUUGCGUCAUAUUUU